AAACUGCUCAGUGAUAGACCAUACUGUUAAAACGCGCGAUGAGUUAUUCACAAACACGUAGUUUUACUUUUAUUGCUCGCCUGAAGCUGUGAUCCAUUAAUCGUAUUGCCCUCAAUCACCGGGCGAAUCAAACGAGAGCUGCAAGUUGGGCGCAACUUUGAAUCCUCUGCUGGUUAGCGUCAUUUGACGCUUCUUAAACAUCCUACAGUUUAGCAGGGACCAGGGUUUAUGUUAGGUAAAGUAAAUACGACGAGUUUCCUCAGAACAGGUGAUGUUUGAGACUUUUGUCAGAAGCGCGUGGACGAGGAUAACCGCUUCAGGACGAUAGAACGGCAACUGAACGAAGAAAACCAAACGUUUAGACUAGGCUGCAACUGGACCGAGACCUGAGGUUUAUGUUGGUACGGUCUACCAUUCUUCUUUAAUCUCAGAGCUUUAAGCUGAUUUAUGUUCGAUCCGCUGCCCACGCGCGCAGUUCAAAGUGCGCCUCGAAGCGCGUAAUGGUUUUACUCAAUCUGAGAAUUUAAGGGCUUGGUCCAGCGCCUGGUGCCCAUACGGACAGACUAUCAAAUUCAAAUUAAGAACUGGACAUCUAAAUAUCUUCAGUUUUCCUGUCACAUCUCAAUAAAUGGGGAACCCGGAUACUUGUUCUCUAAGGGAUUGUGCUUUCUGUUAAACUCAUACCGCACCACUUGUUUUGAAAUCGGUACAUCUUCAAAAAGACCAUGAUGUUUAUGAAAUUGCUUCUUCCACUGAUGUCCAUCGUCUUGAUACGAGGUGUUCACGGUCAGAUGGUCCAGAUGGACAGCAGUAAGUCAGGAUUUGUGGGCUCACAGGUAGAGCUACGCUGUCAGUUUGUCAACAGCAACCCACCUGUUAAAAUCUCACAGGUCACCUGGCAGAAGCUGGUCAAUGGCACUAAGCAGAAUGUUGCCAUCGCCAAUCCAGCCCUGGGGGUGUCAGUACUGAGCCCCUUCAGAGAGCGUGUACGCUUCAAGAACCCUGCCAUCCGCCAGCGCACGCCUUCCCUGGAGGACACCACUAUAGUCUUCAACAAACUAAAACUGUCGGAUGAAUCCACCUACAUCUGCGAGUACACAACCUUCCCAGCUGGCAACAGGGAGAGCAUGGUUAAUCUCACUGUUUAUGCUCGCCCUAUGAUCCAGAUGAGUCUUUCCACACCCUCCAUAGUGGCGGGAACCAAAGAUCUGAAGAUGACUGUUGCCACAUGUGUUUCUGCCAAUGGGAAGCCACCCAGUGUGAUCACAUGGGAAACUGAUUUAGAUGGAGAAUCUAACACCCAAGAGAUACGCAACCCUGAUGGGACCGUCACAGUGCGCAGUGAUUAUUUGGUGGUUCCCAGUCGAGAAAUACACCAACAGCUGCUCACCUGUGUCUCCACAUAUAAAGAUGAACAAUACACUGACAGUGUAACGCUCAACAUUCAGUAUGAACCCGAGGUGAUAAUAGAAGGCUUCGAUGGGAACUGGUAUUUGAACCGAGAAAACGUUCAGCUCACCUGCUUGGCUGAUGCCAACCCACCCAUCUCAUUGUUUCAGUGGAGAUACUUGAAUGGAACUAUGCCGAGUACAGCAGAGCUUCGUGAUGAUGUGCUGAUCUUUAAAGGUCCUGUAACCUAUGACAUCGCAGGCACAUAUGUCUGUGACGCCAGCAACAGCAUUGGGACAGGCUCUGCAUCCGUUGAGGUCAUUGUCACAGAAUUCCCUAGCAACCCACACAAUGUUUCUCAGGAGCCACAGCAAGCUUUUGCCAUCAUUGGUGGAGCUGUUGUUUGUGGCACAGUGCUGAUGGCCGCCAUUACGCUCCUGGUAGUGUUUUUAUAUCGCCGGAGAUGCAUGUUUAAAGGAGAUUACAGUACCAAGAAGCAAAUCCUUGGAAAUGGUUACAGCAAGGCUGGCAGCGUGCCGUCACACCCCUCAUUACCUCACAGUCUGCCCUUCUCCGAAGACUCAGAUGAAGAGAAGAAGCUGGAACUUUACAGAGGCUGCAGUAUCUUAGGAAGAAGUGUUGGGGAGUUCCACGACUGCAGUGACAGCAGGAUGAAGGCCUACCACAUGGGACUGAUCGAGGACCAUGAGAGAUGCGGACAUAGUGAGCAGACUUACAUUUAUGAUUACGGAUCUGAGGUGGAGGUCUCAGUGGACAUGAUUCCUCAGAUGGAUGGCUCUGUCAUCUCUAAAGAAGAGUGGUAUGUGUAGGACUCAAGACGUUGAGCUUCUCAGCAACUUCGCGUUCAUUGUCAUCUCCUUCCUUUUAAAGCAGGCUUUGGGAUCCAAACUGACAAUGGAUGUGAUUCACCAGAGGACAUUAUUGACAUGAAAAUCCAAACGGAUGCUAGAUGUUUGGAGAUGGACCAAUGAUUGGUCAUGUUGUUGACUUUGCCUGAUAAAAUUACUCUUGUUUCAAAACCUAGCAAGCGGUUUACAGCAGCCAACGUAAUUAUGCAUAGAUAUUUGCAUAAUUAUGCUGCCUCUUGAAAUCCCUCGUUUCAGCCAAAUUCUAAAUCAGCAUUACAAUCUCUCACAUAGAAUGAGAUAAAUAUUAGUGUUAUUAUGCAAUUUUAAGUUAUAUUUCUUAUAUUUAAAAAUAGCGAUGUACAUAUUUGAAUGUAAUUAAUUAUUUUACCAAAUAUUUGUGUAUGUAUAUGCUUAUUGUCUGUGAGCUUAGCAACAGGCUAACUUCAAACUCUAUUGAAAUUGAUAGCGAUUUGUGUUCUUCCUUACCCCUUACGAAAAUUAACCAUGUUUUUACUAUACUAACCAUAGUUUAACCAUGGUAUUUGUAGUAGGCUAAAAAUGAUACAAAAAGUAAUCAAUACACCAAAAAAAAAAAAAAAACGUAGUUACUACAAUAAAAUCACUAUUUAUGUGACACACAAGGUUUCUUCCUAUGUUGGCUUCGCAAAUUGGUCACUUUCAAUGUUGUUUAGGAUAUUAAAUCACAAGGUUUUGUUAGUGUGUUAUUAGCUUAGCAACAUGCUAACUUGAAACUGUAUUGAAAUCAGUUGUGCGUUGUGUUCUGUGUGGAGUGUUUGUGCUGUUCCCCUAGCAACAUGCUAACUUCCAUUGAAAUGUGAUUUGCAUUCCUUAGUACAGAGCAAUUUACGUGGGAAAUCAGUUAUUUUCCAUUACGUUUAGGAUGCUGCCUCACCAGGUUUUGCAACAAAGUUAUCUCUAACAAACUAGGUAUUUGUUUGGAAGAGAAUACAUGUCUUGACAGUUCUGUUGUAUUGAGAAAGAAGUUUCGCUUCGGGAUAGUGUUGACUUAAGAGCAGAUGAAACUUCACUAUAACCUAUAAAUUAUGAACAUCUUACACUGUGUAUGUAAUUUUGUGCAUGAUUCAUGGAAACUUUGCCUUGUUUUGUCACAUAUUGUGUUUUUUGUUUAUUGAAACAGAAAAGUGAAUUCCAGGCUGCUGUAAUCACAGGUUCCAUAAUGCAGUACAACAGAAGUGCACUGCAGUAGUAAAAUACCACCUAUAAAGAAUAUAAAUGUGUAUAUAUAAACAAUCACACCAUUUAAAAUAUGGCUGUAGCUUUUAAGAGUCAGUGUUUCAAUGCAUGUCUCAGUGGCUGCAAUCUACAAUACAAGUUU